UCCCACUGUGCAGCUUACGGCAGACACACAUUUUCUCUCAGAUUCUCUAUCAUCAUUGUGCUUCCUCAGUUUUCUACUCUGUGUUUUUGUUGCUCCAAUUUUUCCGAACCCCUUUUACCAUUUCAUCUAAUUCCAUUUGCACUUGUCCUUUCCCAUCCCUUUCUCUCUGAACUCUUUGUUGUUUUCAUCCCACUCUCAUCUCCACUUCACUGCCUGUCUGUUCUUUUGUUUUUAUGUUCUUUCUUCAAUGGAGGCUGAGGCACUUUACAGUUUCAGAGCGAGUGAAUGUGAUGAGAUCAGUUUCCAGAAGGGUGACAUCUUGAAGGUGACAAACAUGGAUGAUGAUCCGAACUGGUACACGGCUGAGCUGUUUGGUAGGCGGGGCUAUGUACCGAAGAACUAUAUCAGUGUAAGACCUCACACGUGGUUUGUGGGUGGAAUUUCACGGCAGGCAGCAGAAAACCGUCUGAGACCGCUGGAGUGUGGAGCGUUUCUCGUUAGGGAGAGCGAGAGCACACCAGGAGAGUUCUCUGUGUCUGUCAGUUACGGGGACCAUGUGCAGCACUUUAAGGUUUUGAAAGAUGGACUAGGGCAGUUCUUCAUAUGGGAUGAAGUCUUCAGCUCCCUCAACCAGCUGGUGGACUUCUACAAAAUCAACAGCAUUGCCAAAGAAAGAACUGUCUUCCUGAAAGAGCCUGAGGGAUCAUUAGCUAGGCCACGUCAUGCCCAUGCCCUCUUUGACUUCACAUCUAAUCAUGCGACUCAUCUACGUUUCUUGCGUGGUGAUGUCAUCGACCUGCUCGACUGUUCGGAUGCUCAGUGCUGGAGGGGGCGGUGCCGUGGAAGAGUGGGCGUAUUUCCACCAGAGUAUGUGCAGCCAAUUUAUCACUGAAUUUAGAAAUCAGUUAUAACUUGUCAGCAAACCAGUUUUGUAACACCUUUAAUGAACAUAACAAUUGCUUCCUGUCUAUUCUUCUUUCAAAUAUUUUAAAGUCCUUUCAAAUAAAGUUAUGACAUAAGAAUUGGUGUAUCAA